AUGGCAAAAUCUCCGGAAAGUCAGCAAGCACAAGAAAAGCGCUUGGAUCCUCGUAAUGAUACAUCUGAACACGGAUCUUUCAUUCAAGAUCAACGAAGAGAAGAAGCGCGCGAUGCCCCAUCUACAAACUCUGAGAAGCAUGUCCAAGUGGAGAUAGAACCUAUUCUUGCAUUCCUUCUGAAGAGGAUUUCGUCCGGUAAUGGCGUAGAGACAUCGCUGCAAAUCCUAUUGGAGAGGAUUCAGGCCGAGGACAAACCAUCAAAGUGGAUUGCAUCGAGCUCUCGACUAGCUCAUUUCCAUCGGGAUUUUAUCAAAGCAAAGAGGAAUAAUGACUCAUAUAAAUCAUGGAUUUGUCUGACAAAUGUCGCUCUUGCGCUGCUCAAGGAGCUCGACCUGGACGGCGUCAAAAAACCUAAUCCCGCUGAUAUCAUCAUGAAAAGGUGUAUAUACGGCGAAGAAGAUUGGAUACAGUGCUCGUCUACAAGUCUGUGGCUCAAGAAACCUACCUAUCUGGUCGAGCCGAACCACUAUGCGAGUGAAGUCAAGGACAUAUCGGACAUUGGAGGUGGUCCUCGUGUGCCUGGGAGGAUCCAUCAGGAUCGAAGCAUUGGUAAGCCACAGUUUUGCGGCAACAAAGAGACCAUGGGACCAAGACAGCUCCGAGAGACUUAUAAAUCCACUCUAUCGUUCUUCACAGUUACAGCUCACAAUGAUCUGGGUACAAGUACCCCGGAUCUGAUGCGAGAAUUCCGACGUGUUUCUCAUCAAUGGAGCUAUCUUAUCGCAAUGAGAGACAGCGGGACGCAUGGCACUGGGAUAAACAUCGAAGAGAACUGGCAGGAUACAAGGCCAGAGAGUCAAUGGUGGCUAGUCCGACGCUACAUUCAUUUUGAUGCCAACUUUCGACUUACAAUGAUGAAGAAGGAGAAACAGAGCACGCUCGACUCCCCGCUAUGGAAGGAUGGCGACUUCUUUGCCAAUCCUGUUCAAUAUCGUGGCUAUCUUGCAUCUGUCAAUGUUGCUCAACAAGGUCGCUCAGAUUGCUCCAACUGUCGUGCCCUCUCAAGUGGCUCUCGAUCCCACUACAAUAAACUUGAAGUGACAGGCGUUGCAGGUGGCGUUUGUCGGCAUGAAUGCGCUAUUCCGCAAGGAUUGUUGAUCUUUACAAAGGAAAACGGUAUGUGA